AUGGAGAGUCACAUCGCGUGGCUGAAGGCAGUGCCGGAUGAUGGUGGAAAUAACCCAGCUGGUGACGUCACAUUUAAAACCUCCAGCCGGCCCAAAGAGAGCCCUGAAACAACAAGCCCAGUGUCCUCUGCAAGGGCUGGGGGAAAGAGGGAGCUUUUUAGCGCUGCUGUGAAGGGCUCCUCAAGGAUAGAGGAAGCAUGCGACAUCUACGCACGAGCGGCAAACAUGUUCAAAAUGGCCAAAAACUGGAGCGCUGCGGGGAAUGCCUUUUGCCAGGCAGCGCAGCUCCACCUGCAGCUGCAGAGCAAGCAUGAUGCAGCUACCAACUUUGUGGACGCAGGCAAUGCCUUCAAGAAAGCUGACCCGCAAGAGGCCAUUAACUGUUUGAUCAGAGCUAUCGAGAUCUACACGGAUAUGGGUCGAUUCACCAUAGCUGCGAAACACCACAUAUCAAUAGCGGAAAUCUAUGAGACGGAGCUGGUGGAUAUCGAGAAGGCGAUAGCCCACUACGAGCAGGCUGCAGAUUACUACAAAGGGGAGGAGUCCAACAGCUCUGCUAACAAGUGCUUGCUGAAAGUGGCCACUUACGCAGCUCAGCUGGAGCAGUACCAGAAAGCCGUGGAGAUCUAUGAGCAGGUGGGCACCAGUGCGAUGGACAGUCCCCUGCUGAAGUACAGCGCCAAGGAGUACUUCUUCAAGGCAGCCCUCUGCCACUUCUGUAUCGACAUGCUCAAUGCAAAGCUGGCCGUGCAGAAAUACGAAGAGAUGUUUCCGGCUUUCACGGAUUCCAGGGAGUGCAAGUUGGUCAAAAAAUUGCUGGAUGCUCACGAGGAACAGAACAUAGACGGCUACACUGAUGCAGUAAAGGAAUACGAUUCCAUCUCUCGAUUGGACCAGUGGCUCACCACCAUGCUGCUCCGCAUCAAGAAAACCAUCCAGGGCGAAGAGGAGGACUUGCGUUAAACGGUGGCCUGCCCCUUCCUUCCCAGUUAAAGGCAAUUCUCAACAUGGAGCUCUGGGAGGGUGGGAAGUGCAAGGUCUGGAGGGCAGAAGGAAUUGGACUCCAAAUAGCAUUAACCUUUCUCAUGGCCCUUUUCCCCGCAACCCAAAGAGCAGAGCUGUUGGUCAGAGGCAGGGCCUGAGCCAUCGCUGCCCGUCUCGGUUGUUCUAGAGAAAAAGUAUUAAGGCCACCCAUCUUCUGCUCUUCAGAGUUGCCCCAACCUGCCUCCAGCUCCUGCCUAGAGGGCCUGGCUUUAACCCUUCCCUCACUGUAAAUGAACCUUCCUUCAGAUAUUUAAUUGUAUAAUAUAUUCCAUGUAAGUUGAGAUUUUAAGCCUGUGUUAGCUGCCCCCGGACUGGCUUCAGCAGGCAGCCCGCAACUGGCUCCCCCCAUUUCUUGCCCCCCUGUUCAGCAGCUUCUCCCUGGGGAAGGGAAGGUGGGUGGUCCCAAUUCUCUGGGACCGGUGCCCGCUUUGGGCUGCGCCUUCUCCCCUCCUGGGCUGGACCGCCUGAACCCCUCGCCUGCCCCGAGCAGGGAUUUUUGGCAUUGAUGCGAAGAAGCCUUGUUAGCUCGAGUUUUCCCAGUUUUGGCUAGAUCGAAGCAGAGACUCCUGCCCCCUCCUCUCCCGCUGCUUCAGUUCGAGCAGUCUCUGAGCUUCUCCCCUCUCGCAACGCACCGAAGCCUGGGAAUUGCCUCUCCCGCGUGGGGAGCCCGCGCUGGCGUUGCUGCUUCCCUGCUUGUUUCGGAGAGGGAUGCUCUUAAAAACACUGCUGGCAGCGGACAUGUCCGGUAGCAGACGCCUUCCCUAAAAACAGUAGCUCCCUGCGAGCUGCUCUCGUUCCUUCCUUCUCAGGGCUUUCAAUUCCCUUUUUAAGAAGCGUCGGGAGGGAAACUGCUUCAGAAGGUGGCUCGAAGCCAUCGUCCCUCCCAGCUGCCAGGAGGGGAGCCCAAAGGGGAGGAAGACGGAGGAUGUUUUUUCCCCCUCUCUCCUGGGGCGUGGGGGGAGUUGGUAGCCCCGGCCCUGUAGUGACCGGCCGCUCUUCUGGGUCGGGGGGACGGCGGCGUGGGGGGGCUCCUGCGGCGAACCGCC